ACUGUAAGAGACACUGACGCGUGGGCUCCACUUGAGCAAGCCGUCGCGACUGGACAUGGCGCGCUGCUCCCCGGCGAAGCCGCUUUGCACCACCGCCGCGGCCCCGCGCCCCUCUCGCCGCCGCGGUCUGCUCAUCAGCGCCUCUGCUUCCCCGGCCACGACAUCAACAAGAACGCACCGGCUGUUGGCCCUACCGAAGCCGCCUAAACCACCGCCGCCGCCGCCUCUCCUCCCGCGCCCAAGGCUCCCCAUCUCCAACGACGCCCCCACCAACGGCAAGCCAGACGACCGCCGUGAACCAUCGACGGGCGCGGCGUCCUCUGGCUCUGGGUCGUCCUCGGGCGCCGGAGACGUGCUCCGCCUCAUGGGCUUGCUCCGCGUCGCGCCCGACGAGGACGUCUACGUCUCCCUCCUCAGGGACUCCGUCGAUGCCGCCGAGGUAGCCGCCGUGCACGCCCACGUCGCCGCCACACGCGCCGCGUCUGGCCUCCCCCUGCCGCUGGCCAACCGGCUGCUACUCGCCUACGCGACCUGUGGCGACAUGGCGGCCGCCCGCAAGGUGUUCGACGAAAUUCCCGUCAAGGACGGCAUCACGUGGGCGACCAUGGUGUCGGCCUACUCCGAUGGGUGUUUCCACGACGAAGCGAUAAGGCUUUUCACCCGCAUGUGCCAAGAAGAACAGGGGCUCGCUGGUGAUCUGCUCGGCCAUGCCAUUGUGGCAGUGCUGCGGUCAUGUGCUCGGCUGGGCAGACUAAGGGGCUUUGGUCAGCAGGUACACGCCCUCGUCAUCAAGACAAAGAGAGUCUGCGGUGAUACCGGUAGUUCGCUGCUGCAGCUGUACAUCGCAAGUAAUCAGCAUGACAGUGCGCGGCAAGUGCUUCAGGCGAUGAGGUGUUGUUCCCAGGAGCCAGUGCCCGAGGCAGCCUGGACUAGCUUCAUGACAGCUUGCCACCGAGACGGACUGCUGGACGAGGCCAUCUAUGUCUUCAGGGACAUGGUGUCCUCUGGAGUCCCUAGGAGCAGCUUCUCCCUGUCUACUAUCCUUGCAGUAUGUGCAGAAUCAGAGAACUGCAGGUGCUAUGGACAGCAAGUGCAUGGCGAUGCCAUCAAGCACGGCGUGGAAACAGACCAGUUCGUCAUGUCUGGGUUGGUCCACAUGUAUGCGAAGCAAGGACGGCUUGCAGAUGCCACGAGGGCAUUUGAGGCAGUGGGUGGCAAGCCUGACGCUGUGUGCUGGAAUGCCAUGGCCAUGGGGUAUGCACGCGGUGGGCGGUACAGAGAGGCCACCAGAAUGAUGUACCAGAUGAAAGCUGCUGGACUGGAUCUUCCUGGACUAAAUGUGGUUGGAAUGGCCUGCUCCAGUUGAAGACUAACCUGCAUGGAAUGCAAGCAUUAAGUGGAGGUCAGUAUCUAGCAAUUGGAAAACAUCUAUUCUGGCCUGCAACAGGUGAUUAAGGCACUACAUUAUGGAACAGAGGGAAUAGAAGAGAAAGGCCAUGAAAAAUAUCAUCUCCGAUGCCUUGCUUUAGCCACUUACUGCCACUAUCUUUGGCAAUGUCAUUAUGCAAAGGAAGAGUUCUAUGCCAUGACAUGGUUUAGCAAUUGGGCUGUAGAUGGCGAUCACAAUUCACAGCUCACAGGACUCUUUGGAGGCGGAAGACUUAUCUUCUGAAGUCAGCUGAAGGGAUGAUGCCAGUUGGUGGCAUCUAAAGUCCAAAGUGUGCAGGCCAUGAACUUUGAGUACUAGUGAUGCGACUUGUUCUUCCUUCUCUGCCGCGGCAACAUAUAUAGAUAUGUGUUACCUGCAUUACACUGAUCCGAAUGAAGGCGGCUCCAAGGAUGUUGUAUUGCUGUGUCGACGCCUAAGCAGACUGCAGGGUGUUUGACCGGUGAGUCUUAGGUGGCUGGCGAGCAAACCAAGAAGGAGAUGGUCUAAUGGGGUGGUGCGGGUGUUUGUUUCGAUCAGACAGCAAUUUGCCACACGCACGCGAACAUAAUUGAUUUGGUUUAGGAGCAGCUUGGUGGUGUUGUACUCAGCUGACAUCUUUAAUCCGGCCUCGCUCUCGAACUGGUGCGGGCUUGUGCGCUUGCCCUUUCUGGCUUUCUGGCUGCCACUAGCUAGCUCUAGCUUUUGUGCACUUGGCUUUGAAAUUUUCGUUUGCUCAAGGGUAGACUUGUUUUGUUCUGCCCAGUUUUAGUCUCAUGUAUCCAAUGAACCAGAAACCUGGCAGGUCCUGAUAAAUUUGUUGAAAAGCUAUCAUUGCUUUUGUGUUC